CUCAUAUAUCCGGAUAGUAUGACUUGUUAAAAUUGUAACACCUUCAAUUAUUACUGAAAUGCCCGUCGCAUCCUCACCCCAACUACCUGGUCACCCAGAAAUUGAAUACAAUGAAGUUGUCGUGGUGGACGAAGAACGAAAGCUUACACCCUCUGAAGAGGCAGAAUUCAAGAAACGGUACCGCCUUGGCCUCCCACUUGUGCACCGUACGAUACUAGGUGCCCUCUCUGGCUUCACUGUAGGCGCUAUCCUCGGCGUAUCUCAUGGCGCUAAACGAGAGGGCCUUCGCUUCCGCGCCGAAAAUGCGCAUCGCCUGCCCACAUCACAGAAAGGAUGGUAUUUCUAUCACAAGAGCAAGAACUAUGUCGGGAUGCUGGGAGGACUCAAGGAAGGCUUUCGCAUGGGUUCGAAGACGGCUAUUUGGGUCGUUGGAUUUAUUUGGCUUGAAGCGGCGGCUGAUCACAACAGACGAUAUGGUGGACAGCAAGACUUUUUAAACACAACUACCGCAGGUAUAGCCACGGCAGCUCUAUGGAGUGCAUGGAAUAGAUUUCCGGCCGCGACCACUGUCAGAACGGGAAAGCUUGGAUUCAAGGUUGGCUUGACGUACGGACUGCUGCAAGACGCUUUGGGCUACGCGCGAGGAAGAGAAAUCGCGUACAUCGAAUACUUGAAGAAGUUCUUUGGCAGGAAAAACACAGACUAUGAUUAAAGGUAAUUCGUCGGCUUUCACCAAUUUUUGAUCGGCUAAGGAAUGCGAAACGGAAGCCCAAACCCGGUUUCGGUGACAUAGCUGAACCGGAACCGUCGAACGAAUGGCCUUCUCUGCAUUCCGAGCAAAGCACGAAAGACGUCUCGCAGAAACGUGCAUGGGGAAAACUGAGGGACGAGGGCGAAACCAUCGCGCUCAGGAGUAGAUCGCACAAAUGUUCUCUACCAAGGGGCAACAAAUCAUCUCUAACAAAAUCAGUGCAAUCAUGCGCUGGCCCUUGAACAAUGGCAUCGCCUUGAGCAGCAAGAGAAGAAGGCAAAAUACAAGUCACGACCCAAAGGUCCGUAUGGAUGAACGGGAGAAUGGAAUGAAGCUCCUGAAAGGCCUCAAGUACUUCACAAUUUCCGAGGUUAAUAAUGGCUCGUUAUGUACUAUUGGAACGUUUCUUUUGAGGUUCUUUGUGAAAUAUAGGCCACCAAGUUAUAUUUCAUCAUGGGGCAAUACAAAUGCAAGCCCGUUUUAUUGUCCUCACUAUACCCAAUUGCGGGCUAUAUAUGUCAG